UAUGACAAACCCCUCCCUGCAGAAAUUGCCCUGACAAUUAUGGCCAACAAUGGUCCCUACGUCCCCGAGAUAAUCCAACUCCUAGACUGGGAGGACAAUGAUGCCCACUACAUUAUAAUCAUGGAGCGACCCAUACCUUGUAUGGACUUGCUUCACUUCUUACGCCACAAGGAUGGACCUCUUGAUGAGAAGACGGGACGCCAUAUAAUGCGGCAGGCCAUUCAUGCUGCGAGCGUUUGCUUUGAUCGCGGUGUCUUCCAUCGGGACAUAAAGCUUGAAAACCUCCUAGUGAAUCCAGACACUUUGGAGGUAAAGCUAAUAGACUUCGGCUGUGGUGCGAUUGUAAAGGAUUCCGGCUACAAAGUCUUCUGUGGCACAAGAAAAUAUUUCCCUCCGGAGUAUGAAUUGCAUGGCAGGUACCAUGCACAGCCAGCGACUGUUUGGUCUCUAGGGAUCGUCCUGUUCGCAUUGAUGUGUGGGGCUUUACCCACUGUCUCCGACCACUCCUUGAUCAGGGACUAUCUUUGGUCUAGCCCUGGCCUGUCAAUAGAAUGCUGCCAGAUGAUCUGCGGUUGUCUACAGCCAAACCCAGAUGAGAGACUCGCUCUGCAGGAGAUGCAUCUCCAUAACUGGUUUAAGGUCAUGGAGUAAGACAGGACAAACAACUCAGCAACCCUAGCACACCUGAGGACUGCUGCAUUGGAUUGCUCUUUGUAUUAUAUUGUUGCCUUGUCAUCUUCUUUAAUAGUGCAGGGCAACUUACAUAUGAGUGCCUUUGUUGAUUAAUUAAUUUGUCAUGAAUGUUUUGAAUGUAUUGUCAUUAUAUUAUUAUUAUACACAUAUGCAAAUGCACUAUAUAUGUCAUGUGUGUUUCUUAUAUA